AUCAUGGCGUCAUGGAUUUCCACUGUUUCUGCAGUCGGAAUGGCUAUCGGACCUCCGCUAGUCUAUGUUGAUCAAGCUGUGUCUAUCGUUCGCAAAAAGGACUCGACAGGCUUUUCUCGUGAUGUUUGUGCCAUAUUACUUAUUGCAAACAUAACGCGAUGUUUCUUCUGGUUGGGCGAUCGCUUCGAGCUUGCCCUGCUGAUGCAGUCCAUAUUAAUGAUAAUAGCGCAGCUGGCCUUGCUCUACAUUUGCGUUCGAUAUCGACCCCGCGUGAGCCCUGAAAACUUUGGAGCAUCGUCUCGUCCCCUCUCGUUUUGGCAGUGGCAUGCGUAUGCUCAAUAUAUCGAGUUUCUUGCUGGCUUCAUUCUAUGUUCAGCAAUAUUGUUCUUGAUCUUUGGUCGAUCGGAGCUAUACGUCACUAUACUAGGGUUUGUUGCCUUGGGACUAGAGAGUACGCUGCCUAUUCCGCAGCUGAUCAGUAAUUACAAACAACGAUCACUGUAUGGCUUCCGUGCUUCAACUCUCGUUGGAUGGGUGGGGGGUGAUUCAUUUAACGCCUUUACGUCCGGGGCUCUCCACACGCGUUGCAACACGUCACUAAGAGAACUUUUUAAAGUCAUCAUUCUACAACGUCUUUACUAUGGUAAUGCAGCUCCAGCGACAGUGCUGGAAGAGGGGGAUGAUCUUGAGCAGGAAGCUUUGGCACUAUCAGAAGAAUAG